CUUUGAUGUCCUUAUGAACGUCCACGUUUGUGUGCUCUUGGCGGCACAUUUCUCUUUCGAACCAACUUGCGCUGAUAAGUGCUCGGAGAUUGUGGAAUAAGUGCUUGGACUGCGCUAUUCUAUUUUUUUCUCCAGCCUAGACCCAGUGGACAUCGUUGUCGCGGUGUACAACCAAGCUCCGCCUCAUUCAAAACAAACGCUAAAUCUCGUUUGAAGCCAGUGCCGGUCAUGAAGAUCGCGAUCCUGACCUCGGGGGGAGACAGUGCAGGCAUGAACGCCGUUGUGCGUGCGGCCGUCAAAGCAGCUAUCCUCAAAGGUUGUGAGGCAUGGAUCGUCCGUGAGGGCUAUGAGGGUUUGGUGCGCGGCAACGCCGAAGCGGAGUCGAGUCCCGUAUGCGAAAGCCCAUCGGCGGCUCUGUCCGAGUUCCCCCCAGCUGCGAUGACCAUUAUCAACAAUCUACGUUUUGGGGAUGGAGAGCUGCUGAAGGAUGGAACGGGAGAUUAUGACGCAUCGGGGCGAACUUUGAAAGGACGGUACAUUGUCAGGGUAGGAUGGGAUGAUGUGAGGGGUUGGUUCACUGAGGGAGGAACCCUCAUUGGAACUGCGAGGUCAAAGGAAUUCAGAACCCCGGAAGGACGCCUGGCGGCUGCAUUCAAUAUGGUCAAGGAGGGCAUUGAUGCACUUAUGGUCUGUGGCGGAGACGGAUCUUUGACCGGCGCAGACGUAUUCAGAGCUGAAUGGCCCCAAUUAGUGGCUACCCUACGAUCUCAGGGGAAAAUUAGCGAAGCUCAGGCAAACGCUCACGCUCAUCUCAAAAUCGUCGGUCUCGUUGGAUCCAUUGAUAACGACAUGUCCAUGACGGAUUUGACUAUCGGCGCUGUAACGGCUCUGCAUCGCAUCUGUGAAGCUAUCGACAAUAUCAACUCGACCGCGGCAAGUCACUCCCGCGCUUUCGUACUGGAAGUCAUGGGCAGACACUGCGGAUGGCUCGCUUUGCUUGCUGGUGUAGCAAGCGGCGGGGCAGAUUUCCUGUUCAUCCCCGAACGGCCUCCGACGUCUCAGCCCUGGGAGGACGAGAUGUGUGCUGCUAUACAGAAGCACCGUGAAGUCGGCAAGCGGAAGACCCUUGUGAUUGUCGCCGAGGGUGCGCACGAUCUAGACUUGAAGCCGAUCAAGGCAGAAUACGUGAAGGACAUCCUCUCGGAGCGAUUGGGUCUGGAUACUCGAGUGACCACACUUGGUCACACCCAACGUGGUGGUCGCCCCUGCGCCAUUGACCGAAUUCUCCCAACUUUACAAGGGAUGAAGGCGGUAGAUGCGUUAAUGGAAGCGACUCCUGAUACACCUUCUUACAUGAUUGGCAUUCAAGAAAACAAGAUUACGACCGUUCCUCUGAUGGAGGCUGUAGCCAUGACCAAGGCCGUCUCGUCUGCCAUCGAGAGAAAAGACUUCCAGGAAGCGAUGAAGCUGCGCGACCCGGAAUUCAGAGAAAGUCUGGAAGGAUUCAUCUUGACAUCGACGCUGACUAGAAGUGAAGUUACGCCGGAGAGCAAGAAGAUGCGAGUUGCAAUCAUGCAUAUGGGCGCUCCUGCCGGUGGAAUGAACGCAGCUACUCGCGCAGCAGUCCGUUACUGUUUGCAUCAAGGUCACACCCCACUCGCUAUCCAUAACGGCUUCAAGGGGCUGCUGGACGACUAUCUCGGCGAACUUUCGUGGCUCGGUGUAGAUUCUUGGUCGGCGCGUGGCGGCUCUGAGCUGGGAACAAACAGAACACUUCCGUCUGUGGAUCUGGGCGCAGUUGCCGCCAAAUUCCAGCAGCAUUCCUUCGAUGCGUUGAUGAUGAUCGGUGGAUUUGAGGCAUUCAGCUCGUUGCAGAUCCUGGAGGAAGCACGAAAGCACUAUCCGGCAUUCCAAAUUCCGAUGGUCCAUCUGCCUGCCACUCUAAGCAACAAUGUGCCGAUGACUGAGCACAGUCUCGGCUCUGAUACAAGUCUGAAUGCGCUGGUCGACGCCUGUGAUGCCAUCAAACAGAGUGCCAGUGCCAGCCGGAACCGCGUAUUCGUGGUGGAGACUCAGGGCGGAAAGUGUGGAUAUCUUGCGACCAUGGGGGCUCUGGCUGUCGGCGCCUGUCUUGUCUACACACCGGAAGAUGGGAUGAACCUGGACAUGCUCAAGCGCGAUGUUCGCUUCCUCAAGGCGCGUUACAAGCUGGACGCGAAGGGCAAGGCUGAGGGUCGAUUGGUCAUCAGGAGCGAAGCAUCUUCCUCGGUGUACACGACGGAGGUCAUCACCCAGAUGUUCAAAGAGGAGGGUAGCCCUCUGUUCGAUUCUCGCUCUGCAUCGCUGGGCCAUACCCUCCAAGGUGGUACUCCAUCACCCAUGGAUCGCGCUCGAGCAGUGCGGCUCUCGCUGAAAUGCAUGGCUUUCCUGGAAAGGCAUCACGAGCUACUCAGCCAGCAACCGGCGAAAUCGCGGUCAGCAGGCCCGGAUUCUGCCGCAGUGAUCACUAUCCAGUCAAGCUCAGUCAAGUGGGUUCCCGUGCGUGACAUGGUCGAACAUGCGGAUAUGAAGAAUCGCCGUGGGAAAAACCCCUGGUGGCACGGUGUCCGGGAUCUGGUCGAAAUGCUCGUCGCACGACCGCAAUUGGCAGGUUUGCGCGCGGGUGACCUAGAGGCGCUUUAGAGACGAAACGAAUCGUUUGUUGUAUCAUUUCGAUUGUGUCACAUGACUCGCGAUCCUCCCUCCUGUCAACCGCCAUGACCAGUGCUCGACCACCCCUGCCUUUGCGCAACGCCAACAGCCUGCUCGAGAAUGCGGUACUACCGACCGUGAAAUACCAAAUAUUAACUUGCCAGGGUAGCGAUAUCCUUGUCGGCAGACUUAAAGUAGAGACACCAACGCCCGUUGGACACGCCUUCAUCCUCCGACGUUUCGACACCGAUGCCAUUUCCCUCACGACCAUGUUUCGCGCGGCAUUCCCGAGUGCGGGCGAGGAGGCUGAGAAACGCGAGGUUCAAUGGGUUAAGGACACGUACGAUCUGACUGGGAACAACGGGACCUCCAAGGACCUCGCCAUCACUCGCCUCGCUGGAACCUGGGUCAGCCCGUCGAUUGCAGUCGAGAUCUCGGAGGCGUAUCAGCUACGCGAUCUCAUCCGGGUCGUCGUUGAAGCCAAACCGGACCCAAAGGCCACGUAUCGCCGGUCUGGCAAGAAGGAAGCACCCCCACCAGUGCCACUUGCCAGCGCCGCGCGAACGUUACCCUCUCCGACAUCCCCGACGUCCGAGAAACCAGCAAAGCGAAGAAAAGAGUCGUCGCCUGCCCCGCCAGCCGCCCCGCCCGCCGUCACGCCUCGGCGUUCGACCCGCACGAAGAGUCCGAAACCGAUGACAGCGCCCAUGCCCUCGUUCACAUCGGUCACCCGUUCGGCCAAGAAGUCUUCACGCCGAGAAGAAACAGACCUCACGGUCAAGUCUGACGAGACGGUGGUUGUAGAUGAGGAGGGUGAUGCGCUGGCUCAGUCGGUUGGGAACGAACUCCACGCCCAGGAUAUAGCAGAGCAGAGAGACAUGAUUGCUGAACUAAAAGCUCAGAGAGACAAAGCGGCUGCAUUGGCUGCUGCGACCGCCGCCGAUGAAGAGGACGGAGAUCAGGACAUGGCCGACGAACCCCCCGUCAAUUUGAAGCGUCUUCGAGAAGACGAAUCGAAGCCUCUCGAGUUUGAUUUCAAGGAACCUCAAGUCGGCGAGCGGGCCAUUGCCACGAACCGCAGGAUUACCCCCAAGCAAAAGUCACUUGUUUGGGGCAUGGUUGCUUUUGCCGUAGGGGCAUCUGUCGUCUCGUUCUUGCCCAACCUAUUCUAAUGACUUUACGCCCCCUUUGCCGAUUACAUUAUUCUAGUUGUAUCUCUUUCUUAUCAAUCUAUCUCGGAUCGUAAAUAUGAAGCUUCGAUUGUCUUGUUGUAUGUAGAACCAAAGUCGUCAAACCAAACAGCCUGCUCAAGGUUGACACAUGAGCAAACCGGACUCUGAAUACAGUCCAGUCGCAUAGAGAAUGCCUUCCGCGCUGCGCAAGCCGGUCGAAGAGGACGAGAAUACCGUUCCAUCGCUCUGAAAGACAGUCUCGACUGAGUAAUCUGGAGCGAUGACCGAUAUCCAGCUGGGUGCUGUUGCUUUCGAUGUAGGAUCUGCUUUGACCUGCAGAAGCGACGGGAAGUGGGCAUGGCCCGCGACGACGAGCUUCGAUUCGGAAUCGUACUCUAGGUUAUCAGGGAGGAAGGGAAGAAUGACCGAGCGCUGAUACUUCAGAGCGUUCGUUUCUGCGUUCCGGCUGUAGAAACGAACGGCACUAAGUGAAGUCGAGGCGACGGCGACCUGCAAGCCCGAGGGAGAGACCGACACGCCAUUGGCAAAAGGGACGAACAGUGCUGCUGGUUGGCUUUUGAUGAUGGAUUCAGCAGCGUCAGGGUUCGGGUCCACAGACACAUGGGACACCCAGCCAAGCGGCAGGGCGAGGAAUGUCUCGAUCACCGGGAGGACGUGUCCAACGAUGGGCAGUCUGCGCGUCAUCAGAUGAUCGUUCGUCACAUAAAAUGAGUGAGGAGAGGUGAGGGCGAUGGAGUUGGGUGAUGCGAAGUACGGAGACACGAUCGUUCGUAUGUGUUUCACCGCUUCUCCUGCAGGGGCGAGAGUGAACUGUUCGAUAACGGUCCUCUCCCGGGCAUGGUUGACUACAAAUAGGUUACUGGGAUUCUUUCCAUCGGAAGGCCAGAUAGCAAGGCCGAGAGGGUGGAAUGUGUGGUUCUUUGGGAACCCUUGCAGCGCUAGUCUCCGAGCGGCCCCAGAACUGUGUUCCACGCUUUACGCCCCGCAUCACAGCUCACAAGGACGUAUUGAUG